AUGGCUGGAAAUUCCAAGAAGAACAGAAAGAAAGGAAACGUAUCCGUCGAGCACGAAUGUUCGCUGAAUCUUCUUCCUCGCAACAUGUGGUUGAGGAUUGCCACGAUGGUUGCAUCGAAUUUGAUUCAGGAUAUAUUCAACAUGCAGUUUUUGACUUGUAAGGUGUUCCUGGGUGCAGCGAGUUCCGACGCCGUAUACAAGCAUGAAAAGAUGUGGUAUAUACUGUUAGUGUCUUUUUUAUUUUACCUAGACCGGCCUGAAAGGAGGUUCCUUGAUCGCUGCGUGGAAGUAGAAAAUGUGGAUGCUAUACUCCGGCAAGGGUUGACGGAGUAUUUCUUGAUUGCCUGCCGUGACAUUCGGAUGAAACUGCUUGCUAGGGCCUCAACGGAGAACAGCGUCGAAGCCGGUUACUUGUGUGCCAUGCUGCUACUGUGUGAUUACGAAGAUGAAGAUGAAGUGCAAAGGUGUGUUGAAAUGUUUGAGGUUAUCCGUACUUCUGGUGAGGUCGAAAGGUGCAGGGAGGUCUUCACGGACAUUUUCUGGGAGUGA